GAAGGUAACGUCACGUGCCCUACACAAAAAUGGCCUUUGUAGUUAUGGAGUGCUUGGAAGCAAACGAAAAAUGCCUCGCCAGCGCUUUGCGAUUUCGGUUGGGCGCCUGCUCUUUCGUUCUCAGCGCUGGCAUUGUGUAGUGGUGGGUGCGCUCUUCUGAGAGAAGUUGCGGAGGACGAGAAAGAAGUUGCAGCUGACUUAUUGUUCGCUCUAAGGCUAAGCUGUGUGUCCGUGUGAAGUGCUGCUCAUUAACACAGGAGGUCCUACUCAGCAGAAAUCUCACUACCCAUUCUGCUCCGUAUGUGAACGGUGUCGGGGGUGGAAUCAGAGGAAACGUUGAUGGAGACUCCAUAGGGCUUUCAAGAAAUGGACAGUUUUGUUGAUGGACUGAGAAGAGAAGGAAGCCAGGGAUCUGUAGAAGAAGAAACUGAGGGUGCAUCUGUGGGAACAGCAGGAGAUGCUCAGCUUCCUGGAAUUUAUUUACCUCUGCUCCCAAGAUAUUUUCAACAUCCAACAACUGGAGGCCGCAAGCCCUCAGAUUUUCAGAAGGCUAAAGAGGACUGUUUAACAUACAUACAGGAAGCCCUCUUGCAAAGUCAGUGGCAGAGGGCUGCGGAAUUAAUGGUAAGCUAUGUAGAGACUCUGGAGAAUACAAGCGUAGAGAAACAGCUGGCGGCAACUGAGGAGAUCUGGAGAAUAGGAACUGAAAUUGUUCAUCAUCAUCCAAGAAGCAACAUAGAGGAGUCCACCCAUUUUGCAGAUCAAAUGAAAAAUUUAGGAGUAAAGAGAUAUUUAAAGGUUUCUUUAGAACAUGCCUUCCACCUCCUGUGUAAUGGGUAUGUGGAUGAGGCUUAUCGGAACCUGGUCCUGGCAGAAAGCUGGCGCUAUGGAGAACAAACAAUUCUUCAGGAAAAAGAACUGAAACUCAUUCAAGGCUACAAGGGGCUACUUGACUACUUUCAGUGGUUAAAAAAGAAGACUGAAAUGUUGCAGCUUGAGGACAGUGGUUAUGCAGAGUCUUCCAUUCAGCAAGAAAUGCACAGUUUCCACCGGCAGGCUGCAGUUGGCCUUAAGGAGAUUAUUAAAAUUCCUGGAGUUUGGGAUCCUUUUGUGUUGUGUUAUGUGGAUCUCCUAGAAUACUAUAAGGAGUAUGAAGAAGCCAAGGAAGUGCUAAGAGAGUAUGCUUACAACUCCAAAUUUCCUCCCAACCCUAAUGCUCAUGUCUACUUCUAUCAGUUUCUAAAGAGAAGGGGUGAAACAAGGAAAGCACAGAUUGCUGCGCUGCGGGUCUUGCAUGAGCUUGUUCCUUCCCAUGAACUGAUGUUGGAAUUUUAUGACAUGCUUAAAAAAUCAAAAAAAAGUAAAAACCACAGACUGUGUCUGAAAGUUAUUUUUGAAGCCUUGGACUUCACUGGGUGGAAGGAUAAUGUAAAGGCUUGGAGCUGUCUGGCAAAACAGAUUGUAGAAAUACUGCAGAAUUCCAGCAAGCAAUUUGGCUGGCUCAAAAAGGAAUGGGAUACUCGAAAGGACUGGUGGCCAGCCUUCCAUUUCAGCCAUUAUUUGGCAAAAAGCAACUGGAAAGAAAAUGAAAGUCUUGCAUGUGAAAAAGUCCUAGUGGCUGGAAUGCUGCUAGGGAAAGAUUGCAAAUACUUCAAGUAUGUCAUACAUCAAGGAAGUAAAGCCAAGAAGAAGUUCAAAAUGCUGAAGAACUUUGUAAAAGAAAAUGGCUGGGUCCAUUUGAGAUUGUCAGAUACUUGAUUGCUUCAGAGGUCAAAUGUCCUUUUCUUUUUCUAAGAAAGAUGCAGCUUAUUUUUCCAGGUUGUAUGAUUUUCCAUUUUAUGAUUUCCAGUGCAAAGUAGUAUUUUACUGUUGGUUUUUUAAAAACCUAUUAAUGACAACCUUCUGUGUGCUGAGUUCUUAUUUUUAAUUUGAAUAAAUGCACCACUCCAUUUCAA